AUGCUCGUUGAUAAUGAGGAUGCGGUGGCUAUUUUGACUAGCGAGAGGUGUAAUGUGCUCGAUUUAGGCGCCGCACCCGGGGGCUUCUCCUCUGUGAUCCGUAAGGCAGCCCCCCACGCUGCGAUAACAGCUGUAUCGGUGGACGGUGGGGUCGCACGCGACGCGCGAUUAGAUGAACACGUUACGUGGGUAACGUCUGACAUCUUUGACUUAAAACCGGACGGGUUGAGCGGUCCUUUCGACAUUGUCGUUGCUGAUGCCGCGACGUCUGAUUCUUACACAAACCCAAAACUAUUUAAUAGAGAGGUAGAGUUGGCAAUUUCCGUGCUGGCUGGUGGAGUGAGCGACAGGAGUGACUUAAAGAAAGGAAAAAGGAAGACGCACAUUAUUCACCGGUCUGUAAACUAUCACGCCUCCCCGACGUAUGUUGGAUCAAAGGUGGGUACUUUGAACGGCGUGGUGAACAACGAACGCACUAUUGAGGUCGUACAUACAGAACCACAAAAAUGUAAGGAGGAGACUCGUCGCACGGCCUCAUUAAUCGUGGCGAUAGAAGCAGCGGGAAAGUGCGUUGUUCGCGAAGUUGGUGCGGACGGCACGGGUGUGACGAGCGGUAAAUCGUAUAGUCGUUCUAAGACGCUGGUUUCAUACGGAGUUAGGAUGAGGUCGAAGUGUAUACAAUGUGAUGAGUCCAGUAUCGGGGAUAAUGUUGACUCGACUUCAGAGCGCCUCGUUCUAACUAAGGCCGUGGGGCAGACGUCUAGGUUCUUCAAAGAUAAUACCGACAAUGAGAGUUGUGUCUCUUCGUCCUACAGCUCGGUUUGUGAUGUUUUGUCGCUAUCCACUGUGGGAGGCAGAGGUUUAUGCAAACGCCCCAUAGCCUUGUUUGGUGACGAGGACGUGCCUGUGAUAUAUUUCUCGUAUUGCGAUACAUCAGAUCUAUCUUUAUCUCUUAUUAAGCCAUUUUUGAUAAGAAGACUUCAACUGCCUACUUUACAAACGACAUUACGCUCACAAAUAGAAGCUGUCCUAGAUUAUAAAGAUUUACCUGAAACAGAAGACCCUAGAGAUUUGAUAGCUGACAAUAAACUAGAAAUAUUCCAAUGUGUAAAGAACAUACAGCCAAAAUUUGUGAAAAAUGUAGCU